CAAAGCAUGUUCAAGUUUUUCACCUCCCCUCCUCUUCCUCCUCCUCUUUCUUCUUCUCCUUCUUCUCAUCUCCGUCGUCGUCGUUGUCUUCGUCUUUGGGAAGGGAGAGAAAGGGAGAAAUUCGUCGUGAAUUUCAAACGGCGGGACUGGGGGCAGCGGGCAUCGUGCACUUUUGGGAAGGAAGGGAGGGGUGGAGACGAGAUUAGGGCUUGUGCAGGGGGAGGGUAGCAGGAGCAGGAGGGUGCUGGCGGAGGAGGAUAUGGAAUGAAACUGAAACUGACAUGAAAAUGUAAGCGAAUAGAAUUGCGAAUUGCAGUCCCCCGCUCCUCUUCCUUCUCCUCCUCCUUGCAGUAACAGCACCUGCAGCAGCAGCAUCAUCAUCGUACGUGGAAGCCUUCGUGCAACGCGGGAUGAUCCGUCGCAAUGACGUGCAUGCCCUAAAGUUUCUGUGAACCUCCCCCUCUUUCUAUUCCACGAAGCCUCUUCCUCUGCCUCUCCCUCUCCCCUCUUCACGAUUAGGGCUUCGGCAACGUCCUCAGCCUCCCAGCUGUAGGGUGCACCCUUACUGCCCUUCCACAAUCCUCCGUCUCGUUCUGUGGAAGCUGCUGUGGUGGAGUGAGUGAUUGACGAAGCACCGUUGGUCGGGUUUUGGAGGAAAUUGGGUUUUGGAGGAAAUUGGGUUUUGUCGAAUUGAGGGCCAGAGGGUUUGGAAGCAGGAUAGCAUUUGUCAUUCUCUCCACUUUUUCUUGUUUUAUCUUUUAUUUUUUAAAAUUCACGGUGGCGGGUCGUGGGGAGGAAUUCUGGAGUGCUGCGGCGAUAGUUCGAAUUUCAAACUUAGCUUUGGAGUCCUUUAGGGAUCUGGUGAAGUAGUCAUGUGUCAGUGAAGCAGCUAGGAGAGUGGAUGGCUGAAGGGGCUUGCGUCUGAACUCGUUCUGCUGAUUUUGGUCACGAUGCGAUGUGUCCAUUCUGUUCCUUUUGGCGUCGAUAGCUGUAGCUGUGCGGAUUUCGAGGUCUGAUCGGGGUUCGACCCACUUAGGAUAAGAAUCAAGUAACGCUAUCGAAUGUGAAGAGUAUAGUGACGCUAUCGAAUAACUGCCUCUCAUGAUCAUUUCUCGCAGGGAAUUAAAGGAGACUACGACCAAAAUCACUUCGUAGGUUUGAGAUUUUUCGGGUUUUACCCACUCGAGCCCUUCUUCAUAGUGUAUGAAUGGGAGCAAUUAGGUUGAGUUGUUUAUUAACGUAGUCCGCAAUUCAUCAGUCAUCGAUUUAGCAUGCUGUGAAGAUGCACCAGGAUGAAGACACGUAUGGUGGCCAUCUCUGCAGUGAUGGAUAUGGACUUCCUAAGCUCAGUUGAUCGUGUUAUUGUAACUGAAGCAAGUUAUUAGUAUAUUCUUGGUUGCUACACCGGAUUAUCUCAGAGUCGCCUUGAACGAGUAGGGCAAGGAAAGAGGUUUGGAUAUUCACGGAAGGAGACCAUUCAUUGACUGGGGGAAGUCAGCCUUCAGAAUGGAACUGAGGAAGACUUAAGGCAGGUGGGAGGGCGUGGGAACAGAGGGAGGUGAGAGAGGUUGGUGAGGAGGAAGAGUACCGUUUUGGCGAGAAUCGAGUGAAGUAAAGAGAGGGUGCCGCGUGGGGCAAGGGUUUGCAUGGACUAUCCUGAAAGCUGGCCACAGCCAAACGGCCUCACUACGGAAGGUGCUUCUCAGUUCGCUACUGCGUUUUCUUCGGCAGCUAAAUUGGAAGAUGGUUGGUGGAGUAGAGUGGAAGGCCACACUGCUGAACUUAUUGAUUCCAUUAAGCCUACUCGAUCAUCUGAGGAGAGACGGACAGCUGUUACUGCUUUUGUUCAGCGCCUCAUCAGAGAUCGCUUUGAUUGCAAGGUAGUGAAAUUUGGCUCUGUACCACUGAAGACAUAUCUGCCAGACGGGGAUAUUGAUCUUACAAUAUUUGCUCGAAAUGACUUGAAAGAGACAUGGGCACAAGAUGUGGUCAAAGCCCUCAAACAAGCCGAGGAGGAUACUAAUGCAGAGUUUCGAGUGAAGGAAGUUCAGUACAUACAGGCCGAAGUUAAACUCAUCAAGUGCCUGGUGGAGAAUAUUGUUGUUGACAUCUCAUUUAAUCAGACUGGGGGUUUGUCUACUUUUUGCUUCCUCGAAGAGGUGGACAGGGAAAUAGACCGCAACGAUUUUGAAUUGAAACAGAAUCACUUGUUUAAACGAAGCGUCAUAUUGGUGAAAGCAUGGUGCUAUUAUGAGAGUCGCAUAUUAGGGGCACAUCAUGGCCUUAUCUCCACUUAUGCUCUGGAGACCCUUGUGUUAUAUAUAUUCCAUGUCUUUCACCCCAAGCGACGGUUACGUGGACCACUGGAGGUGCUAUAUCUAUUUCUGGUUUAUUUCUGCAAUUUCGAUUGGGACAAAUACUGUGUUACCAUGUGGGGUCCAGUGCCUCUAGCCCGUAUCACGGAAAUAUCUUCUGGGUCUGCUCGGAAGACGUUCCGAAUAAGUGAUUUUGCCGAGGCUCCUCGGAAAGAUAGAGGGAAAUUGUUGCUUAGUAAGGAAUUUCUUGAGCGUUGCAUUGAUUCAUAUUCUGAUGCUAAGGGUGGUCAGGAGAGCAGCCAAAGACGCAAUUUUAUCACCAAGUUUCUGAAUGUUCUUGAUCCAAUACGUGACACCAACAAUCUUGGUCGCAGUGUUAAUGUUGGUAGUUUUAAGAGGAUACGUUCAGCAUUUGGUUUAGGAGCGCGCACACUUGGAGAAGUUCUCGAAUGUCCUACAGAUCAGAUAAAUGAAAAGUUCAAAUCGUUCUUUUCCUGUACUUUCAAAAGUCUAGAGCGGUAUCGAAUUGGCGGGAGACCAGACACUGGCAACCCCCUUUCACGUAGCUGUCAGCCUCAUAUUCCUGGAGCUGGAAGUGCCCACUCUCAACAUAGGUUACUUGGUGGAUAUACGCAAGAAAACGGAGCAGAUCCUUUCUCUUCUCAAAGAAACCUAACUUACUCUGAGGAGAACGUUAGGCCCCAAUUUCAGUACGUGAGCCGGUCAGGACAAUUGGACAAUAGAGCUCGUAGUGAUGUGGAUACUGCAGAGCAGAUGAACGAUGUGCAGACUGAAUCUAAUAUGAGAAGGAAGGACACCACCUUAACAACUGAUGCGCCUUUCUUCUGUAAUAGCGAUAGGGAUUUGGGAAGUACAGUCAACACAAUGCCGUCUGCUUCGGAUACUAAGCCAGAGAGGCUGAAAGGAACAGAACCUGGCCCUGGCCACUCCAUUUCUGACAUCUCGAUUGCGAGUUCCGAAGGACAGUGGAGGCAAGUUAGUGGAAAGGGCCGGUAUCCAAUUGUUGAUGGAGAUAAAGGUAGGGUGCAAAAUGAAGGCCUCAAUUAUUGCCAUGUCCCGGAGCAGUCUGAAAAGCCUAUGACAGCAAAUCGCAGUUCUACCGAGGACCACGAAUUUGCAAAUCAUUCUAGAAGCUCGAUGACUGGGGAAUAUCCAGUAGUAACACCUAGUCAAGAUCCCGUAAGACGGAGAUCCUCGUUAGGCGAUUCACUUAGACAUGGUGAUGUGCCUCAAAGCAGGAAUAUUUCCGACAUUAAUCUUCCUUAUUCAGCUCAUGACGUUGGGCGACCACCGGGAGUAUCCAGGGAAUUCAAAAUGAGGUCUAAUCAUGGAAGCUUUCAUCGUAAGGAUUUUUCUAAUGGUGAGAACGAUACAUCCACAUCUGAAAGAGCAGCUGCUGAGGAGAGUGGUACCGCUUACAAUAAGCGGUUAACACGUCAGAAAGACUCUACCUCUUCCGGCGAUAAUUCCUCUCAUGGGAGCAAUCAGGACUGUGGUAAUCAGAAUAUGUCACAGCCAGUGCUUAUUCCAACCCUUUUCCCUCCUUUUUUUCAGUUUCCACCAUUUCCCUACCCUGUUCAAAUGCAUUUGGCUGUAUCUUCUGCUAUGCCUGUUCCUAUGUCGAGUAUAGCAGGACCUCCUUCUGCCUCAAGUUUGCCUGGAACUCACCCUAGUUCUCCGUCAGGGGAGACAGUUUUGAAUCGGACGAAUUCAUACUUAGCCAUGCAGAAUUCAGGCAUAUUGCCGUCCUCCUUGCCAGCAGCUCCAUCUUACAUGAUUUCGGUUGCACCUUUAGGAGAUGGUGCUGGCAGUCAUAUUUGGGACCUUUCUCCUCAUUCCGAUGAGCAGUGGGAGCGUUUGCGGCCACCUCUAGAGGACCAAGUGCAGUCACGACAUAGGACUUCCGUUUCUUCCAGCGCUUCUCCAGGUCUUUCCUUCUUAACAGAGAAUCCACCUGUCUCUACUGGCUCUGCUCGUCCCGGCUCUCGUACUUCUCCGAUGCUGCCUCAAGUUUCCGGGAAAUUAAAACCCUCUUCAGGAGAUCGUGUCCAUGCUGUUGAGACGACGGGAUCGCGAGCACAUGGAGCAAUAGAUGAAACCCCAUCUCCAUCAUUGUUGAGUGAUGAGAGACAAGCUGAAGCUUCUAGCCAGUUGGAAGAAGGGGUGAAGCAUGUGGAACCAGACUUGAGAAGUCGAGAGAGUUUUUUAAGUACCUCGGAUGUGAAGACCUCUACGAGAAAACUUUUGAAAGAAACAAAUGGUACUAAACAACACAGUAGAAAAAUCAUAACUCCUAGUGAUGAAUCACCUAAUGAAAGGGAAGUUGUUCGAAGUGUGGAUGGCAGUGCUGCUGAUUUAUCUCUUCAGUGGCUAAAUCAGCCAAGCUUAGAAUCUAGCCAGGCAUCGGUUGGGAAUCUGCAAGCUGCCUCACUGCACUUCCCACUUUCUGCAUCAACUCAUAGCUACGAGGAGAUGCCGAGUGUUGCCCCCUCUAACCAUCACAAAAGCUCUGUUGUGCAAUCUAGUACCCUGGAACCUGGCGGAACGGUUGCAUAUCAGUCUCUUCAAGUGCCAACUUAUCAAGGAGGUGCUGGAAGCGAUCCGACCUCCUCUUCCACAUUGGAGAGAAAGAUGCGAUCGCCCAUUUCUGCUAGUGUACCUGGCGGUCCCUCUGGUUCUUUCUAUCCACCUAGUUCUGAGUUUGCAGCUGUUUCAAUGGGUUCGUCCUUAAGAAAUCGUCACAUAGAGACGGUUUUUAUGGCAAUACCCCAACCAAUUUACAAUUUCCCAACCCCGUACUACCCUCAUAUUUACGUCUUUCCUACAGGCUCCGAUGGUGUCGUUAGAGUGGACACUGUGGGUGGUGCAUAUUCCAAUGGCUCCAUGGAUUCCGCAACAGACAUCCUUGGAUCUCGAUCACUUGAAGAUUCGAGGAUGAGGGCAAUGCCACAGGUCGGUGUUGGUGUUUCUGAGCGGCCAAAAAGGGCAGGCAAUAAAACGCCUCAUAACUCAGACAACAAAAUGGAAGCAUCUAGUAUAGACAGGAGCGGUCAGAAGGCUGACACUGGUGAUUUACAGGAUGAUAUACUCCGUGGCGACCUCGAGAGUCACCGAGAGCAUCUUUCGCGCUCAUUUCAGUAUUCCAACAUGGCUUUUCCUAGUCCUAAUUCUACAACCAAGUUCCAGCAAGGCCCUCAAUUAUGGGAGGGAUCAGCCAGGUUUCAUGGAAACCCUCAUGGAGGACUGAGCAUUCCAUAUCCAGUUGGAGUAGCGACUCCGCCGUAUUCCUCUCGUGGUCGAACAGCAGAUGGAUUACAUCAACCGCGGAAUUUUCCUAUCCACGAUAAUGAGGAAUCCUUGCCAAAGUCUAGGGCUGGCACAGGCACCUACUUUCCCGAUCCGAGGCACGCGUAUUCUAAUCGAGAAAGGCUCCGUUCUGGAGGACGGGGAGGAAAUCAACAUGGAGCUUACGCUCAACAAGAUCGGAAAGAUUGGGAAGGAUCCAAUCAAUUGCAUAUACAUCGGUACAGGAAUUCUGGGCAAGGUCGUGGACAGCAGAACAAGCAUGAACCUCGAGCACAAAACAUGACGAAUUACCAAAAAACUCCUGCUGCUGACCUGGAUGGGAAUAGUAGUUUAGUGCAGCAAACAGAGGGUAAAAGAGUUCCACCUUUCCCGAGUUCGCUCCCUUCUCCUACGAGUCAAAACACCUCGUCUGGGUCUCCCAUUGAAACCAGUAAUGGUCAUCCUGGAAUGGGCUCAGGCGCACCACCUGUCAUAAUGCAGCACUCUCUACAUGAAGGAAAUGCACGACUUUCUUCAGAGCUCGAAUUCGGGUCUCUUGGACCAGUUCAAACCAGUUAAAGUCGAAUCAGAGUUCAGACGGUCGUUAGACAUAUAUCGCAGAUGUAUUUGUCUGGGGUUCUUAGAUGCUUCUAGGUGCUCCACUUGUAGGAGGUCGAUUCAGUCUUCAUCACCUCACCUCAUAAUUGGUAACAUUGAAUCCAUUAGUCAGAAUCUGUGUACAGCUGUCGGGUAGCACUUGAAUUUUGUAGCUCAAUAAUAUUAGAGGCUAGGGAUGUAAAACAUUGUUAUCCAGAUAUUUGAGUAAUUCUCACUGUUAUCAAAGUUAUGUUUCAGUAGUUCGGAUCAUGCAGUUCCUCUGUUGUUUCAAUAUAUUUGGCGGGGAGACCACUACCAGGUCUACAUAAAUUUUAUCGCGAAUCAA